CAUAGCGUCGACUGCAGCCGAAUUCUGCUCUUGUUCUUGUUGAGUUCAGUGCAAAAAUGUCUUCUAUUUCAAGCAUGGCAAGAUUCAGAAAUCCAACGAAGUCCGCACGAGACCCUGGAUUUUCAAGUACCUUGAAGAGGACCAGUAGUCUUGGAAGUCUGAACAAGAGAAGUUCUGCCAAUUUAGCUCCAUCAUUCAAUGCUUCGAAAACGAGCCCAGGACUGUCCGAAGAAUACAGCAAUCUUGAGGCGGAGUACAUUAAGAACUUGCAGCAGCAGAUCUACUUCCUGGAACUGGAGGCCAAUUUCCUUCGGGACCAAGCAAGGAAGGCCACCCAUCUGCAGCCCAAAAUGACUGAAGAGGCCGGAAGGAUGUUGGACACGCUCAAGGAUUUGCAAUCCACAGUGGAUGGCCUACACUUGGACAUCAAGCGGAAAGAAUCCAACUUGGACAUGGUGAACUCGGAGAAGGAACGGCUGGAUGGCCGGCUCAAGCUGUUGCAGGACACCCACAACCGGGAGAAAAAACUACUGGUGGAGGAGAUUGUGCAGCUCAAGAAGCAGAACGAGAUGACGUUGAGGGAGAUUGCGCAGAAGGAGGAGCAGAUCUUUGACGCGAGGAAAGAACUGGACAAAGGCAGCACGUCGCUGACGAGUGCCGAGCAGAAGAUCAGGAUACUCACUGCACAGGUGGACCAGAAGUCUGACGAGCUACGACACACCCAGCUUGCGUUGGAGGACAAGCGGGCGGAGCUGCUGAAGGUGCAGACCCAGCUUCAGGAGUUGGAGGAUCGUUACUACUCCAGCACUGCAUCCAUCCAAGACAAGGCUGUGGAGGAAUUCAGGAAUGAGAUUCGUGUGAUGCAGCACAAGAUGAAGGAGACAGAGCUGAACGCCCAGCAAGACCGGUACCUGAAGAACAAGAUGUCAGAUGACAUUGCCAACCUGGUCAAAGAGAAUGCUUUGCUGGGGACCCAGGUAGUUGAGUUACAGAAACAGCUGGACAGAGAAAGAUCACUGAGGGAGAGCCGUGACACCAGACACGCUUCCAACAUCACCGAACUGGUGACGGUCCGUGACAAAGAGAAGCAGCUCAAGUACGAGCUGGAUAAGGCCAGGGAGGAGCUGAAGUAUGAACGGGACCGUGUACAGCAUCUGAUGAACCAGCUAGCGAAGCAAGAGCAAGAGCAUGUAACUUCCAACCUGAGCCAAAACACACUGCGAAGCAGGCUGGCUGAGCUAGAGGGCCGGCUCUCUGGGGUGGAGGUUGAGAACACCCAGCUGCGCAGGGACAAGAUGCUAUUGGUCGAUCACGUGUCAGAGCUGCAAAAACAGGUUGCAGAGCGAGAUCAGGAGGCCACAAGAAUGCAGAACCACAUGCACACCAUGGAGGGAACAUUGGCCGGUCUUGAACGCCGCAACAAACAGGAGAGCUCCCUGCAGAGCCAGCGCUGGGGAGAGUUUGAGAAGAUGGCGGAGAGCAUGAAGAACCUGUCCAAGAGCAUGACGGCGCGCUCGCUGACGCCGGAGUACUGAGAAGGGAGGGGCUAAUUUGGGACAGAGAGGGAUUGCGGGGGUCACGGCAUCUACCGGCAGAACCCUGCAGAGCACUGCUGGGGUGGGUGUGAGAAGACAGCUGAUGAGAGCAUGAAGUUACCAGGACCUCUCUUAAAGAGCAUGAAGGCGUGCUGCUGACACCAGAGUCUUGAAGGAGGCGGCGGGAUGGGGCUAGUUAGGGGUAUAGACCCAUCAGUGGAAGUUUGUGUGCUGCAAAUAAAAACUACAAUAUAUAAUGUAUGUUUCUUUAUUUUUACUGUAUUUGUCAAUGUGUCAUAGACUAGCACAAGUGAUUUCUGUAGUCUGAGUUAAGUGAGGCACUAGAAAUGCUGAAAAAAGGGUGUGUUCAUUAUUUCAGCUUUAAAAAAGAAACCUUUCUUUUGUCUUGAACAGUGUAUCGGCACUGGCUAGUUUUUACCAAGUCGAGAGAAAUUAAAUUUGAAGCCUGCUUGCUGCAUUUUGUUUUGUGUGCUGUUUUUUUCAUAAUUACCUCAGGUCUGUUGCAUUGCUGAUUCAACUAUAAAAACAAACUGUUCUUAUGAGUUAACAUAUAACACAGGAAUUGGUCUAUUCAACAAUUCACUUAUGUUUAUACAUGUAUGUAUUGUAUCCGUAAUUGGUUUGUAUUUUUUAGUGUAGAUUAUUCCGUGGUUUUUACCUUUUUGGUCUGUUUUUGAACCUAAAUUCAUGUCUCUGAGAUUUUCUCACAUGCUACUAACUUCCAGUCCAAAACCUGUUCCAUCCAGUGCUUGUUUAAAUGCUCCUGGGAUUCAAAAGGAGUCAUCUAAUAUCGGCACCAUUUCUCAUAACUUGUUCAGGUCCUGUGUCAUUUUUCCCAACCUGCUUAUCCGUCCUCAGCAUACAGUAGAAUCUGUCCAACUUUCAGUUUUUCUUGGCCAACAUGCUAAUGGAUGGGACUUUGUUGUGGUAUAUCAAUUUUAUUUCAAUUUUCAGCUUCUAAGUUUUAGCAUGCGCUUUAUUUGGGCCCUAUGUACUUUCUUUUAGCUCUAUGAACAAGAUGAAUCAUAUAAUCGCGAUGAACUCUAGCUGUGGUGGUAGGAGAUGAGUUAAAACAUUCCUUUAUUUACUCCUUGUUCACAUGAAAUGGUUUCCUUAGAAGUACAGUGAGAUGUGAAUUCUGAAUUACAUGUAUAUUUAAAGUUCUUUACGUGGUGUUAAAGCCAAGUUUCUAAAAAAUCACUUCAGGCUCUGUAUGAGAUUUAUCCUUUUUAAAACAAUGUUUUUAUAAUUUCGAAAAAAGAUUUACGCAGUUUUGUGCCCCUAUCACAAUGGAAGCUAGCAUAGGUGCUGUUUUCAAUAACUGUACGAGCCUUAUUGAUUUGUUUAUUGAGCAAAGAUUCCGAUAUUUUUGUACCUUUUUGUAAAAUGGACAGUGUAGAAUUUUAGCUCUGUGCAAAAUGAGGUUGAAGACACUUUGGCAAGUUAGCAGGGUGUUUAUCAUCACAUGAAGUACACACACAAGAAAGUAUGAAGAAAAGAGUUCAAACUAAAAGCAGUGCCGGGGAAAAAAAGAAACUAUUUAAGUUUGCUUUCUAAAACAAGUGCCUUAUCAAUGUCAUACUUAAGAUAGCGUAUACUUCUAGAUAUUUCCUCGGAUUUGAAGCCUUCCAAUAUUUCUAAAAAUUGACCAAACUGCACAGGAAAAAAAGGAGCACUAGUUGUCACUGGAAGAGUUUUUAAAAUAAUAAUUCUGUAACACCUUAAAAUAUAUGUACACAUUCUUAGUGAAUACUGAUCCUUUAUUUCACACCCUAAACACUGCAUCAUGAAAAAUUAGGAAGAGGGGAAUUUGUUAUUUCAAAUCCUGGGGUGUAUAUGUCAUUGGGUCCAAUGAUUUUCAUAUAACAGGGAGUGAAUUUCAUUAAAAAGAAUGUAAAAAUGACUGGAAUUGUAAUUUUACCAAAGAUAAGGAUACAUUUAUACAAAAAGGAUAAAAAUUUAUGAUAAAAGAAUGACGUUUAUCAGAAGAGAAUACAUUUGUGAUUCUUAUAUAGUAGCUUAAUGGUAUUGAUACGAUCAUUAUGGUGUAUAGUUUAAAACUUAGAUUAAACAGAAAUUUAACAGGAACAAACUA